UUCCCUGUAGUGAGUUAAAAUUCUUAUUACGAAACAUAUUACCUCAGCCAGGAUUCGAAACUGGGACCUCCCUCAAUCCGGCACGCAGGGCAGGGUAGAAAAAGACGGUCAGUUUAAUGAGACAUGGUAAAUUGUUAACUGAAUCGGCGCCGCAGAAAUUACUGGAGAAAUUUCAAUCCUCGUCAUUGGAUGAAAUUUUCCUGAAAUUGUGCGAGGCACAGAAUGAUGCAGUCACUUUAAAUGAAGCUCAGAGAUCCAAUAUGCAAGACACUGGUAGCGAUGCCUUCAAUCACGAUGAAAACAAAUAUGAACAACUAAAAGGAAACAAAACGGAUUCGAAAAGACAAGUUUCACGAUUAAGAAGAUUCCAAGCUCUAUUUGUGAAGAACAGCAUCCAAAUUACCCGUAAUUAUUCAGUACUAAUUUAUGAGAUAUCAAUACCGAUAAUAAUAUGGGCUACAGUACUUUUGGUAAUUGGUAAUGAUCUACAGAACUUGAAUAUCGGGAUUGUUAACGAUGAAGCUGGCAAUUGCGACAGCAGCAACUUUGGCAAUAUUUGGAAUGAUGAAAUCAGCUGCCACUUCAGCAACCUCAGUUGUAGAUUCCUGAACAAUUUGGACGACUCCAUUGUGACACAGGUGUAACAAUUUAAAAAUUAAUCAUGUAACGUAGUUACUUAAUGAUGUUGUACAUACAAUAUAUUAAAGUAGGAUCAAGUAAGCUUGCAAAAUGCCUACUGAGUGCGUAUGUGGACGCUUUAUUGCCUUUACCACACAUGCAAGACGAACAAAUUUAUGUUUCAAUCACAAGAGCUCACUGUAACAUUUUGCACGGGUAGGCUUUCCACCAACGACUUCACUCGGCUAACGUACUGUUGCCGAGAGUAAAUACAGAACAAAGUACAUUCGAAAGUCCUAGGACUAGAAAUAUCAAUAUACGAAAGACACGACACAUAAAUAUAAUGUAGCGUGCACAGAUGUUUUAAUGUAUAUGAUUAAAAUGGCACUUUCUGUAUUCUCGGUAUCCAUUUCUCUGUCACCUUUUAUUCUGAUACAGAUUGG